AUGGCGGCAAUCAAUCCCCCCCAACAAAGAGUCAAGCACCAGGAAAAGGAGAAGCCCCCUCCUGUGAACGUAUCCAAAGCCGACGACGUGGAAGUCGGCGAGGUCUCCUCGCUGGACGAGGCAGAGCUCUUCCUCCACGAGCAUGGCGUCUCCCGCGACCAACUCCAGGCCAUGCUCGACGAUCCCAUCCGGACGAGGAAGCUGAGACGACGUAUCGAUCUGAUCCUGCUCCCGCUCAUGUGCGGCACAUACUGUCUCCAAUACAUCGACAAGCAGGCCUUAUCAUACAGUGCGGUGUUCGACUUGUUCACUGACGCCCACAUCGACAGCAACCAGUACAGCUGGCUUGCCAGUAUCUUUUACUUUGGGUAUCUGUUCUGGGAGUACCCGGCCAGCUACAUGGCACAGCGGCUGCCGAUUGGCACCGUUGUGUCGAGUUUCGUGAUCGCCUGGGGCGCGAUUCUCAUGAUCACCGCGGCCUGCCACGAUUUCACUGGGAUGGCGGUGUGUCGGUUCUUGCUGGGGUGCUUUGAAUCGCCAAUCACGCCGUGUUUCAUGAUGAUCGUGGGCAUGUGGUACGUUCGUCAAGAGCAGCCCUUCCGCGCGGGAAUCUUCUACUGCUGCAACGGGGUGGGAUCGAUGGUCGGUGGACUGAUCACCUACGGCAUCGGCCAGGUGGACGGCUUUCCCGUCUGGCGCGCCGUAUUCCUCAUCUGCGGCGGGGCGACCAUCCUCUGGGGGAUCCUCAUGCUGCUCUUCCUGCCGAACAGCAUCCUCUCCUCGAAACGCUUCUCCGUGGAAGAGAAGAUCAUGCUCAUUGGUCGCGGGAAGCAGAACCAGACUGGUAUCCUGAACCGCUCGAUCAAGUGGUAUCAGAUCCGCGAAGCCCUCAUCGACCCGCAAGUCUGGCUGUUGUUCCUAUUCACUUUGCUGAACGAGACCGUCAACGGGGGUGUAGCCAACUUCGGCAAACUCAUCAUCCGCGGCCUAGUCUCCAGCUCCCUGCUAACCACCGUCCUGAGCAUCCCCCAAGGCGCCUUCCAGGUCCUCUUCAUCCUCUCGGGCACAUACCUCUCCUCGCGCUUCAGGAACAUCCGCACGCUCAUCAUGGCCGUGUACCUCCUCCCGACGGUGAUCGGCGUCUGUCUCCUCUGGAAGCUCCCGCGGACGAAUCGCUACGGCGUGUUGUUCGGAUAUUACAUCGUGGGAUCCUUCGUCACCUCGCUCGUCCUCGCGCUGCAAAUGCCCUCCAGCAACAUGGGCGGCUACACCAAGCGCGUCACGGCCACCGCGUUCGUGUUCCUGGCGUACUGCAUCGGGAACAUCAUCGGCCCGCACGCGUUCCUGGCGGAGGAGGCGCCCGUCUACGCGACGGGGUGUAAGUUGAUCCUGGCGUGUGCGCUGUGUCAGAUGGUGAUUGCGGGGCUGUUGCGGGUGCUGUUGGCGCGGAGGAAUCGUCGGCGCGAGCUGGACGUCGCAGUCGUCGCCGAAACAGGAGAAGAAGAGGAGGAGGAAGAAGAACAAGAGGUGAUGGCCGAUCGGACGGAUUUCGAGAAUCCUCAAUUCCGCUAUGUUCUCUAAACAUUGAACCCACGCAUCUAAACAUACACACAACCCAAUCCCCCUCCUCUACAAGAGAUAGAAAAUCACAUAGGCAACCCCGCCAUCUCCCCGACCUUCCAAUACCGUCUCAUAUUCUCCGCCCGCAACGCCUCCACCUCCUGGUCGAGGUGCUCAAACAACACCGUCCCAAACCCCUCCAACAACCGCUUCACCUCCCCGCGCUCCAGAUCCGUCUCCCCCUGCCGACACCCCUCCAGAUACCGCUCCAGCGCAUCCAUCCCCCGGUGGAUCACCUUAUGCUGGCCGACCAGGCUCAGCUCGCGCCGGAACUCGGGCAUCCGGCGCGCCAGCACGGGGAAGAUGUGCCGCUCCUCGAUCGUGUGGUGCAUCGUGAGGUGGUGGCAGAAUUCCAGGCCCAGGGUGAUCAGGGCUUUCGGGGGCAGGGUGUGUUUUUUGGUAGCUGGGGCGCACGCGGUUUGGAGGGUUGCGUAGGUGUGGCGGAAGUGGGUGUG